AUGCCAUGCAGGAUGGCGUCCGGCAAACAUGUGCCGGACUCAGCAGCCUACCGUCCGACGUCUCUCAACUUCAUCAAUCAUCCGAACCCCAUCGAACCGCAUGCACAAAUACAGAAACACCCUUUAAAUGGAACGCCUCGCCUUGAGAAUGCGCGCUUGGAGGACAUAUUCGACUUGAUACUGGAGCCAAGUGCUGAGAGGCCAGCCAAACGUAAGAAGGUGGCCGACAAUAAUGUACUGGAUUUGCCGAGACCGACUGUUAGAAAUCAGGCGAAGCGAUUGAGGAUUCCGCCGACACUUUCUGGAUUGCAUCAGCCUCCGCCUGAUGCCCGACUCCUGCCAUCGAUCAAUGUAGAGAAGCCUCAUGCGCCAACUUUACCGCAGAAGGAGAAUAUCCCGGACUCAGCUCGACCAGAACAGGUCAUCGUGGAGAAGCAGGUUCCACCCCCAGCCACUAGGGAAGACACGUCCGCAGAGAAAACGACCAAGUCGCAGACCAAGCGUUUGAAGCGACAUCGAUGGACGGAGCAAGAAACUGGAGAUCUCUUGAAAGGCGUGGCAAAGUUCGGCAUUGGAAAUUGGACGAAAAUAUUGAAUUGUCCGGAUUACGAUUUCGGGAAACGCACAGCAAUGGAUCUAAAGGAUCGCUUCCGGGUCUAUUGUCCAAACGACUAUAAGAAUGGAAGAAGUCGAGAAGCUGGGAAGCGUGCAACUAUUGAGGUGGUCGAGAAAGUGUCAGUGCAGGCGACUGAAAUGCCGGCUGAGCGCACUGAUAAUAAUUUGAAGGAAAAGGAUGCUACUAGAGCCAGGAGGACUCGGGUCGUUGAUUCUGCACCGCAUCGUGUGACCACUUCGAAGUUGAAAAGCUUAGGGAUCGAUGAACCUUUUGCGAAAGCAGAGAGGCGGCCACGGCACGGCUAUACUACUGAAGAAGACGAGGCGAUUUUGAAAGGCUUCCGGAAGCACGGCAAUUCGUGGGUGAGCAUCAGAUCUGAUCCCAGUCUAGGUCUCUCGCAUCGUAAAGCUACGGAUCUACGAGAUCGCAUGAGGACGAAGUUCACAGAAGAAUUUGCCAAAGCAGGUCUUACUCCGCGACCAGAGAAGGCUGCCGAGGUGGCACCAAAAGCUGGCUCUCCGCCCGUAAACCAGGCAACCGAGCAAAGGCUAGCUUCACGGUACACUCACGACGAUCAUGCGCAACAGAAUACCGCUGUUUCCGCUCCGACGACAAAUUCGACCACCACGGCAAGGAGUACAGUCCUUCACGACCGACAACGGCAUAUGCAACCCUUCCACUACACCCUCGAUGACAUAUUCCUCGGCACGCCUUCCUCAUUCAACGAUGACUACGACUAUACCGAGCCCGACGCCUCCUCUGAGCCGAUCGUCCUUGAUCGCGGGAUUCUCGACUGGGCAACAGCAGACGCUGCGAGGACGAGCGCUGCCAUGACUUCGAAUGCUGACUCUGCUCGAGAUGGCGCUACCGCGCGGGAUGUCGUGACAAACUCUGGAGGCAUCGAUCCACUGAUGACUCUGGUCCUCCCUCGACCACAUGGAUUGCGGCCGUCUACCAUUGUCCAGUCCACUCACUCCAGCCACAACACCAACCCGAAUACUACCACUUCGCUGCCAUCACUCGCGGAUCUGCUACCGAUGGACUAUACGAAUGGCAACACUUCAUCGGAGCAAUUGGAGCUGCCAUCUCUGAUGCAAUGGUAUAACAACACUCUAUCAGAAGAUCGAGGAACGACAACAGCGGGAGGUGUGAAUUUGACAUUGGAAGAGCUGCUGAGUUGA